CCGAGUCACACCGUUAUUAUUUAAAUUAUUUAUCUUUCCUUUUCGUGGAAACUAUGGGUAAAAGGAAACGUUCGAGAUCGCGAUCUAGAAGUGAUAUACGUAGGAAAGUGAAAAAAUUGGAACGAAAACUGGAGAAAUAUAAAAAAUGUGCACCAAGGUCAUCAUCGUCGGAAACAUCGGAUAAUCCAGAAAGAGAAUGGUCAGCGGCUGAAUUCGAAAACACAGAUAAUUUCACAAAUCCAGAUGACGUUUUCACACUGGAUGAUGAGGAACCUCUGCCUGGCCCAUCUAGAUUGAGCGCCCCACCAUUGCCUCCGUCAAUGUCGCAAGCGACCACUACAACAAAAGAUACCCUUACUAUCAACAAUGAAGAACUUAUUAAUGAAGGUCAGCCGGUGGACGAACCCUCUAGUUUGGAUCCUGAAAUCCUGCAGAUUUUAGGUGAGGAUCCUUCUAAUCUCAAGGAGUAUGGCGAACAUCUUCAUAAAGACUUAGCAUCAAGAUGGUCUCAUAUAGUAACGAAUGGACUAAACAAAGAAAUCAAACAGGAACUUUUAAAAAAGUACCUUACACCGGAAAAUUGUAAAAACCUAAAAGCACCUAAACUUAACCUGGAAGUCAAAGCUGCACUAAAUGACUUUAACAUAAAGAAGGAUUCCUACAAUCAGAUGAAGCAAAAUCAGUUGUCAAGUGCACUUACCGCCAUAGGAUCAGCCUUGAAUAUGAUACUUUCAUCAAAAGAUUCAUCAAACCAGCAAUUACAACAAUUAAUACAACCUCUUAGUGAUGCCGCUCGUUUAAUCUGCGACUGUCAUUACAAAGAAUCUGUGUCAAGAAGAUUCGAUAUCACUAAGAUAUUAAACAAAGAAACCAAAGAUAUGGUAAAAAACAGUAAAAUUGAUGAAUACUUGUUUGGAUCAGAUCUAGCCGAUCAGUUGAAGUCUCACAAAGCUAUUGCCAAGUCGGGGUUGGAGAUGAAAGCAGUGAGCACCGCACGCGUGGCAUUUAGACAAACUCCGACAACCCAAACACAACGAGGAGCUUUAAACGCGAGGGGGACGACGCGGGCAACUGCCGGCGGGACGCGUCGAAAUCCCACACCCCGGAGGCCGGCGCCGGCGCCCACGCGAGAUCGGCAGUACACGCAGAACACAUCCAACUCCGGAACGACGCCGCGGAACUACAGCUCACGCGCACGGACGACGACGCGGAGGCGCCACUAAAUAACCAGACAGUGCCACCCUCUGCACGCAGACCUUAUCCUGGUGGCAGCGAAAUUAUCAGGAAGGCGCUAGCCAACAGCGGUAUGCCUU